GCCACCACCUGGGUAGUGCAAAGAGAAGGCCAUCCCAGCCCCAACGGGAGUGGGAUCCAUCCUGGCAAUCCCAAGGGGAAGAGAGAGCCGGGCACCCCAGCAGCUUUUUCUCCCAGCGGAGCCCAUGAGCGAGCCAGCCAGCGCAGCAAGCGGGCUACUGCUCCUUCCAUUGCCGGGCUGGACGAGGAGCCCAGAAUGCUGCAUUGCCUGAUCGGCCCACCCAUGCCCUGCGGCUUUCACCUUUGCUGAGGGGAGGAGGGCGCGCAUCCCGCUUCUAGCAGGACUCUCUUCCGGCAAAGGGGAAGGGCGGGCUAAUAGGGAGAACCCGCCGCGCGAGGGAAUGCGGCAGCAGGCAGGCAGCUCGCAGCUGAUCAGGUGGGCAGGCAGUGGCUGCUGGGCGCCCGGCGCGGAAGGGGUUAAGUGGUGGGAGACACUCCGCCAAGGAGAAUUCACAGCAGGUGGUCUCCGUCUGGGAGGGCGGCAGGCGGCCAAAGGGAUAGGCACGCAGGCGCUGCUCGGGCGCCAGGCUGGGGAGGAGAGCCGAUCGCGGAGAGAAAAACUUUCCCCGGAUCUUUUCUCUGCACGAGGAGGAGGAGGAAGACGCAUGCACCGCACACCCCGGUUGCGGGGAGAAAGCUGCAGCAGGAGCGGGGGCUAGAUUCGAGCGGGGAUCGCCGGCACCCUUGGGGAGGCGCAGCGCUGGAGUGACGCCCGCUGGGGCGCCCUGGCUGGGCAGUCCGGCGGCGCUUCCGAAGGAACUGCUCCUUCCUUCCUUCCUUCCUUCCUUGUCUCUUCCGCAGCCCGGAGACCACGAGGGAAGCUGCAGUUGCAGCUCGGGCCUUCGGACUCUACUUGAGGCUGGGGCUGCUCCAUCAUCGAGAACGUGCAACCUCCUCUCCCGCUGCGGAGAGCCGGGAAGCCCCGGGGGAGGCGGUGUCGUGCUUCGCCGCGGGGAAUGUGAGCUUCAGCCUUGGAUCUCUUGCGCUUCCCAGAUUAUAUCGAUAUCGAUAUCUAUAUUUUCCCAAAAAAAACCCACAAACUUCCCAUUGGCUCUGAAUCAAUCGGAUCGAAGACGCCCGCCUUCUCCUGGGCAGAUCUCGCUGUUGUUUGUGGCUGCUCGGAUCCUGGGGAAGCGUCUGCCACAGGUAGCCACCGCCGUCUCCGCACAUUCCCGAGCAUAGGAUAGACGCGACGCACGCACCAAGCGCCUGGGAGCGCGCGAUAGAUCACGCGGCGUGACCCUAAAGGGUGCGGGCGCUUGUUCGUGAAGAGCCCCCACCCCCCCGCGCGCCUCUUUCCCCAUCCUUCUCCCGCUCCCGCUGUGCACAUCCCAGGAUGAAUCCUCCUCCUUGCGCUCUGGGAAGGCCGGGUGAGCGGGCGGCCGCGCAAGCGAGGAGCCGACCUGCUGUGGGAGCUCUUGGAGGGGAAAGCAUUGCAGAGAGGGUUUUGCCUGGCAAACUGCAUCAAACAGCAAAAGGAAAUAGUAGUCGCAGCAGCAACGGCACCUCCGGUUGCUGAAUUGCCAAGGAGCGGAAAGGCCGGGAGUAAGUCAGGAACCGAAUUACUCGCGGACGGGACUUCUGUUGGCACCACAGGAAAGGGGCGGGGCCCCUCAAGCUGCAAUCCCAGUGAUACUUUGGAAGCAAUUAAUUGGACCGGAUUGGCUUUUAGGACACCCUCUUUCCCCUCUAGGGUGGGGACGGGGGGUUGGAGUAGCAUGUGAAAAGAAGAACCCCAGGAAUCGCGUGAAGAAGAGUCUUUGGGUGCCCCUAGACUUUGGGGGUGAGGAGGAGUACCAGUUCGUCAAGGAGCCAGCCAGGGCCUCUGAAGUUGUAGCCCUGGUCCUUGGCUAGAGCCGUCCAUCCUCCAGAAGCCUGAUGCUGCUGCUGUCCACAGCUUGCUGCUGCUGCUGCAAGGGGAAUGCAGCUGUGCCCCAGUCACAGCUGGAACCCCUCUGUGCCAGGCAGACACCCCCCUGGUAGCUGGAUUUAGAGAAGGUCUUGACUUUGUGGCAGUGGGGGGCUGCCCUCUUUGGCCCAGUUGGUGGCCCAUCCGGGAAAACCUCAAUAAGGAUGCUGGCCGGAUGGAGAGAACUGUCUACAGGGAUAAGUGCCAUACUUUGUUGCCUCCUCUUCUUUUGGCUCCUGUACUCUCAUCCUCCCAAGGAAGGAAAGGAGCUGGAAGUGGGGACGUGUGAAAUCACAGCAUUGGACAGAGAUAUGAGCCAUCCCAAGAGGAUGAUUGCCCGGCAGACGGCUCGGUGUGCCUGUAGGAGAGGCCAAGUUGCUGGAACAACGAAAGCAAAGCCUGCCUGUGUGGAUGCCCAGAUAAUUGUCAACAAACAGUGGUGCGGGAUGGAGCCCUGUGAUGAUGGGGAGCAGUGCACUUUGCUAAUAAAUCGUUCAGGCUGGAGCUGCACUAGGCAACUGGGACGAAUAAAAACGGUCACGGUCUCCUGACAGCAGUCGUGUACUUGCCUGUGAGAGCAGCUUCUUCACUUCAUUCACACUAAUGCUGCAGUUCAGAAGUCAUCUCAUUGGGGGGGGGGAAAGGGGCAGCCCAGUUUUUCAAUAUGAGUUCAUCUACCAAAACCAGGGCCCAUCCUGCCUGUGUUUCCUCUUGUGUCUGCAUAUGGGGCACAGAGGCUGCUACUGGAACUGUAUAUUGAGGUUGUGUGUGUGAGUUUCCCCCCCUUUUCUCUCCCCCCCCCCCCACCCGCCAGCAAAUCUCCCUCUUUCUGGCUUAUUUUCUGGGCUUUUAAUCUGAAAUACAGUUCUCUGUAGACUUUUUCCAUGACAACCAGAGGGAUUUGCCACUUGGUACCCAAGACUUCAACAGGCCUCUUAGAUUUGGGGAAUGGCUGCCUCCUUGAGACAUAUGGUUCUGACAGACUCUGGCUGAGGCAGUUGCUAAGAGGCUGGGAUGAUCUCCAGUUGCUGUGAAGAAAAUGUUCUCUUUUUCCUGUGCCUCUUCCUUCCACUCAUUUUCCUCCAAUCCAAAGGAAGUGAGAAGAUGCUGAAGGAACACGUCAACUCUGCCUCUCCAGACCAUCAUCUGCUCUGCAUACUGAGGGAAAGAGUUCAUUAGAGGGUUGGGACAGAGUUUGUGGAAGCCACCCUCCAAUAAAAGACUCUUGUGGAACUGCUGCUUGGAGCAAGGUGAAUAGCCAGGACAAAAACAUGUAUUUAAUGUGUUUCUCCUCCUCUUGUGUUUUCAGUUUCUUAUUUAUCCCCAUUUCCUCAUAGCUCCAGGCCAAGCAACUGUUGAGAAUAACUCCUCAGCCACAUCUCAUUCACCAUGAAUCAGGGGCAAUCUCAGCAUUCGAGCAUAAUUGACUCAAUAUGGUUGGUUACCUGCCAUUGUUACUGUGGUUCUGAUUGAAGAAGGCAUCUGUGGGAUUGAGCUUUCAUGUCUGGCUUUAGAAAAAAUAAACUCCCAUCCAAUUUGUCCCAGA